GUCGCCGAGGAGAUGGCGCUGCACGUGCAGUGACGGCCUCCGCGCCCCGAGGGUCCCAGGAGCGCGCCCUGUGCCCCGGUGAGCAUGCAGUGCCCGGAGCCCGAGCUGAUCCGGCAGAGCUGGAGCGUGGUGAGCCGCAGCCCCCUGGAGCACGGCACCGUCCUGUUCGCCAGGCUAUUUGACCUGGAGCCUGACCUGCUGCCUCUCUUCCAGUACAACUGCCGCCAGUUCUCCAGCGUAGAGGACUGUCUGUCCUCCCCAGAGUUCCUGGACCACAUCAGGAAGGUGAUGCUGGUGAUUGAUGCGGCAGUGACCAACGUGGAGGACCUGUCCUCAUUGGAGGAGUACCUUGCUGGCCUGGGCAGGAAGCACCAGGUGGUGGGUGUGAAGCUCAGCUCCUUCUCGACUGUGGGAGAGUCCCUGCUCUACAUGCUGGAGAAAUGCUUGGGUCCUGCCUUCACACCAGCCACACGGGCUGCCUGGAGCCAGCUCUACGGGACCGUGGUGCAGGCCAUGAGUCGAGGCUGGGAUGGCGAGUAAGAGUCGAUUCUGCCUGUCGGCUGCCAUGUUGACAGAUGUCCGUGUGUCUGUUGGUCUAUAUC